AUGGCUUUCUCUCAUGGUCCUGUAAUGAAACGAUCAGUGUGGGCGUUUAAUCUUGAAGCAGAGUUUGAAUUGAUUCGUUCCGUCAUUGCCUCUUAUCCUCUCAUUUCGAUGGAUACGGAGUUUCCUGGCAUCGUCUUUAACUCUCAUCCUGCUUUUCGACAACCGCACAAUAACUAUGCCGUCAUGAAAGCUAACGUUGAUCACAUGCACCUUAUCCAAGUAGGCCUCACCCUCUCAGACAGCCAUGGUAACCUUCCAAACUUUGGAACUUCCAACCAAUUCAUAUGGGAAUUCAACUUUUGUGAAUUUGACAUGACCCGUGAUCUCUAUGCACCUGAUUCCAUCGCACUCCUUCGACGUCAAGGCGUCGAUUUUGAGAAGAAUCGUAUGUUUGGAGUCAACAUUAUGCGUUUUGUUGAACUCAUGAUGUUCUCUGGACUCGUGUGCAACAACAACAUUCAAUGGAUUGGUUUUCAUAAUGCUUACGAUUUUGGGUACAUGGUGAAGGCUUUAGGCCAACGUUUUUUGCCUAUGCAACCAUGUUUGCCUGAAAACUUGUGUCACUUUUUGGAGCUGGUUAAAUUUUUCUUUGGAGACAAAGUUUACGAUAUUAAACAUCUCAUCAAAUUUUGCCCCAACCUUUAUGGUGGUUUAGACAGUGUCUGCAAGUCGCUACAUUUAAACAAAACUAUUAGAAGAUCACAUCAAGCGGGAUCAGAUAGUUUAGUCACUUUACAUGUUUUUAACAAGAUCAAAGAUAUCUAUUUUCAUUAUGAAAAUGAUUAUAGUAUGACCAAAUAUGCAGGUAUUCUAUUUGGCUUAGAGAUUAUUUGA